UUUGCAAUUCGGCGUUCGUCCGCCUUGGAAUCUGUGUGGUGGCGAUACGCGUCCAAUGCCUGCUGUCCCCUCUCGCUCCCAAUAGUUUAUCUGGGAUCUUAUGAGACAGAGGAGGCAGCAGCUCGCACCUACGACCUCGCGGCGCUCAAGUACUGGGGCUCGGACUGCGGGAUCCUCAACUUCCCUAUGGAGACGUACGAUCAGGAGCGCGAGAGGAUGCAGCGCGUGACAAGGAAGGAGUACAUGGCCCAGCUGAAGCGCAACAGCUGUGGCUUCGCCAGGGGCGUCUCCAAGUACAGGGGAGUUGCCAGGCAUCACCAGAACGACCGGUGGGAGGCGAGGAUCACCUGCGCCACCGUCGGCGGGCAGUGCGUCUACCUGGGCUCGUUCGCUACCGAGGAAGAGGCGGCCAGGGCGUACGACCUGGCGGCGAUACAGCUCCGCGGCUUCGGCGCCGUCACCAACUUCGACGUCGACUACUACAUGGAUCCAGUCCAGGAUACGGCGGCGCGUCCACGCCCUCCGUCGGCUCCGCUGCUCCUGCAGCCCAAGGACGAACCCGAGUCUGCUGAACCCGAGGCCGUCGCCCCGCCCGCCCCGGUGCUCCGCGACGACGUCGACGACGUGGACCGCGCCGUCGCGGAGGUCCUGGAGGCGCUCUGCGUGGACCCCGCCGACUUCAACGCCAGGUACAACCUGCCCCGCCACCGGUGCUGGCCGUCAUCGGAGGAUGACGAUGUGCGCGACCUUCCGAGGGACGUGGGCUUCGAGGAAGACAUCGACAGCGUGUUCUUCGACGACACGCCCGGCACCGGCACCGCGCCUUCCCAGGCCAAUGUGGCAGUGAUCUCUUGCGCAGCCGCCACGAUCAGCUCGUCGGCGCUAGGCCGCUGUUGGUGAUCGGUGCUGGUGCCGGUGUAUCCCCCGUUCGUUUAAGUACGUGUCCGUGGCUUAGGCUCGUAGUCUCUGCCAGUGGGUUGUACAUAUCUCUGGUCAAGUACCAAAUGCGGCUAAUUUUGGCGAGCAGAUUAAGUGACAGUGACGACGUUGUGUCCGGCCGCUUGCCGGUUCCUUGUAACACGAGCAAGUGGGAGAACUGGAGAAGGCCGUCUCGAGCUUUUGAUUUGAAACUUUCGGUA